GUCCCUGCGUGGGGUGUACACAAUCCGAGGCCCUCCAAUCCUCCUUUCCCAUUUCAUUAUUUUCAUCAAAGUUUCCCUGACAAUAAGACGUCUAUGACAGUUCUUCCUCUUUGCUCUUUCACCCACAGGACAGAGAAAAGUAAGGAUCGAUAUCUGUGCUGAACCCAAUCGUGUAACCUUCAGGCCGAGUCACCUUGAUCUCAGUAAGGACCAGUUUAGAUACAGGGUGGGGAUUGCUAAUAAGUCUGAACGGUGUGUGUGUGUGUGUGUGUGUGUGUGUGUGUUCACAGCCGAGUAAUAUUAGCCACUUUACUGCAGCUUUCAACAGCAUUCUAGCAUUUCGCCUCUCUUCUCUCCACUUUAUUACAUCAACAGUUAGACUUCCUGGCGUGUGAUUAUGACACAAAAUUCAGUAACUGGCAAGACGCAAAGUUAAACAGGCUAGCCAUGAAAAUUCUGGCACGCCCUUACACCAAUACGACUUUCCAAAUACGAGAAAAGACCACUGGCAAAAUAAUAGCAAGAAAUUCUACAGUCACCCCUGCUACAGAACCUGAAGCUAGGGUGAGAAGUCUCCAGUGUGAUUCCAGAAGAUGCACAGCUACCGUGGAAAACAAUUGCGUUAAAUAUAAUGAUUACAAUAUGAAAGUGCAAUUCAUUCUGAAGCCAUCAAGUAAGAAAGUCAAGAAUCCCCUCGUUAAAUACGGUGCCGUCAAUUCUGAGGGAAGAGCAAAGAUAGCAUUAAAAGAUCUGCUGCCCUUUACGAACUACACCGUAACCGCCAACCCUGCCAACGACGUGGGCGCCGCCACCGACCCCUCCCUCUCCAAAGAAACCUCCUUCAUCGCAAUUUCCCAAUGCUAUUGGAAUCCAAGGACUAGGGCAGAGAUCGACGCAAAAACAACCCUGCGCUUCAGUUGGAACGGACUUCGCAGUAACAAUGGCAACCCUGGUUACUACACACUCACAUUCUUGGAUGGAGGAGACAAGAGCACUGUGAAAAAUAUCACCGAUACUGAAAUCAAAUUUGCUCACCUGACUCCAGGCAAAAAGUACAUGUUAGAAGUGAAGGAGUGCUUUACAACAGUGCACUGUGACAUACUGACGACACUUGAAGAAUGGACGGAACCAGAGAAGCCACGAGUGCUGGAAAAGACAGAACUCCAGACGACAACAGACACCACCAUCACCAUCCAGCUGCCCGUCCUGCAGAACCCUCCAGGAAUGCACUGGAUAUUGUUGAGGAAAUACAGCGGCGGCGGCGACGAACAUCACACGAGGAAGCAAGACACUGAGGAGAAAGCACUGGUAGUGGUUCGCACGGAAAGGGAGAAGGAAAGGAAGGAGGCGCAGGCAAAGAGGAGGAAUCGUCGUUCCGCUGAUCCAGGCCAAAACGAUCACUCGUUGCGAAUUGUGGCAAAGAUCGAGGUGGUGGAGGACAAGGACCCCGAGGAGUUAGUGGUGGUGGGAGGCGACUGGCAUGGAGGGAAGGGUCUGGAAAGCGACACUGAGUACAUUGUGUUCAUAGUGACGGAGACCAGGGCAGGUCCCUACAGUGAAUACUUCUCGUGCAAGCUAAGGAUUAUGAGGACAGCGAAUCGCCCUAAAGAGCCCGCUACCUAGGGGGUGACCGUGGCCCUGUGUUCUGCUGCGCUGCUCCUCAUUUGCUUCAUUGCAGCACUGGUGAUCUCUUGUUCUAACACAGGAAGCAGCUUCCGUAGAAGAGUCGUUGUAACCCAGUCAACAAGGAAGGUAAGGCAUGAAGACAGGAUCAUGCGGACCAUAACUAAGGCCAGCAUUCAGAGACCCUUUGUUCUCUCACCACAGCGACUGAGGUGCUGUUAAAGAAGACUACGAUAUGUUAAGACAAGUAGAAUCUACCUGCCAGAUACUAUAUAAUGGUUUAGGGAAUAGACCUGUAUUAGAUAGCUAGUAUACUCAAUAAUUUUGCUCUGUGUUGAUAUCUCUGUUUCCUUAUUCUUGAAAUAAUGAAUAAAAUGCUCAGCAAGCUAUAUUCUCUGUUGACCGUCGUAGCAAACAGUGUUGUGGUGAUCCUUUGCUCGAUGGAUUCUGUUACUACGAAACCGAGUCUUUUGUGUUGAUUCGAGUCUGUACUGGUGAUGGGCACCAAUAAACCUGGUAACUGCUACAUUCCUCACCUUCCCCUGGGCUCACUACACAAAAGGUUUGGUGUCUUCAAAACGAUAAGAGAGGUGUGUUGUAUUU